AGAAAUUAUACCACCUGAAUCUCAACCGAAAGAUACUAUUAAUAAUGAAACUAGUCUUUCAAAAAAUCCAAUUAUUGAAGUAGAUCUUAUAGAAAAUAAUUCCUUAGUAAAUGGUAAUAAUGACAUUCCAACAACGAUUGAUAAUCACAAUAAUAAUAAACAGAUACAAUCGGAUAGUACACCAGAACAAAAACAUCGUCUAUCAAAUGGUGAAAACAUGUCACCAGAUCUAUCAACGAUCAAGGAAGACGAUCACAAAAAGAUUGAAACAUCUAAUAAUGUAACAACUAAACCACCUCUAGUGCCUAUACUAACGUCAUCAAACAGUGUACCGAAACCACCACCCUUACCCUCUUUUGUUUCGAAUACUACUCCUACUACUACGACGAACACGACUUCUAAGAUUCCAGUAGUACUUACUACUCAAUUUCAAUCUCGUACGUUAUCUGAAUCAAAUGAAUCUUCACCACCAAUGUCUAUUCAACGAGUAUCUCCAACUUCUUCAAUAAUAAAUGAAAAAAAUAAACAACCAACAAUUACUAUUGAACGAAUACCUUCGUUUUCAGAAAGACCAAAUGAAAUAUUUCCUACUCGUAAAGGUGCUAAUAUUGAAAUAGGUCGUCUUGAAAUCGAAGAUUUAGCUCGAAGAGAAUUAGAUAAUAGAUGCGAGUUAUAUUAUCAAGAUUUACUCGAAGAAAUUAUUCAAUCAGAUUUUGAGAAACCAUCGAUUCCAGAAGUUAUACUUUCUGUUAUAACUGAUCUAACAGCUGAUGAUGUUGAUGAUGAUGAUAUUGAACAAACGUGUGAAGAAGAAAUUGAAUUUGAAACUGACAAUAUCGAUUCAAUAUAUUAUUUUAAACAAGAUAAGCCACGUUUAAAUUCAUCAUCUAUGCUCAAUACAAGUAAUGAUAUUGAUUAUUAUUAUACAUGCGUACGUCAAGCCGUAGAAAAUGGAAAUGAUCAUGAUACAAUGCGAAGUAUAAAUAAUUCAGAUCAAAUUAUUCCUAUCAUAUCAAAUACUGAUCCAACAUCAAAUUCUUUACAAACUCGAGAAACACGUCGUCGAACAAUACGAACAACACGAAGAUUUGUUGGACCUGAUGGUAAAGAAAAAGAAACUAUUACAACAAAAAUUGUUGAACCACAUGAUGAUUAUCAAUCAAGAUUAAUUGAAAGGUAAAGUUUUUGCUUCCAUAAGAUAUUCAGAAGUAAUAUACUAAGUUUAUCGAAUGAAAGAAAAGACAUAGAAUUUACUAUUGAAAUCUCAGUUCACUAUUUCCUAUACUUGUUAUUCUCUUUCUCAUAGAGAAAAGUCCAGUAAGAAUAAACUGUCUGCUUGCUUGUAUGUCCGCAGGGUCAAAAAAACAUCGAAAAUCAAUUUUUCAAAAAAGAUAUUUCUAGAGGUAUUUUGAUGCGGGAAGUUCGAAUCUGAGGUCUGUUGGUUGACCAUAGUGAGAGGAGGGGGGGGGGUGAAGAGUGGUCAAAGGUCAAAAAAACAUCGAAAACC